UAUAGUCGAAAAACCUAAAAAAAUAUGCGGCAUCGAUUUCAAAUUAGAACACGAAUGAAAUUUUUUCAUUCUUUCUUUCUUUUUCACAUUUGAAUGGAACUUAUUCGUUGUGUUUCCUGAUCGGGCUCUCGACCAUGGAGCCGAAUCGCCUGCCUCCCAAGCUCGGAUCCUUCCAUUACACCUUCGAACAGCGGAGCAAGGAGCGGCUCCUCUCCGCCGCCUUCCUCCCUAAUCUCUACGACGAGCCCUCCUCCCGGCGCCGCUGCUGCUUCUGGUGCCUCUCCGAUGGGGCCGCCGCGGCGUGGGAGGGCCUCCACGACCUCGUCCUCAAGGGCUGGAAGUUCGGCCGAUCCGAUCCCCGCAAGGUGGUGUUCGCCGCCAAGAUGGGCCUCGCCCUCACCAUCGUCGCGGUCCUCAUCUUCUUCCGGGUGCCAUUCCGCGACCUCUCCAAGCACUCCGUCUGGGCGAUCCUCACCGUCGUCGUCGUCUUCGAGUUCAGCAUAGGUGCAACCCUAAGCAAGGGUUUUAAUCGGGGGUUAGGAACAUUACUUGCGGGAGGUCUUGCUCUAGGGGUGGCAUCGAUAGCAACAAUUGCUGGUGAUUGGGAAGAAGUGAUUGUCAUCAUUUUUAUCUUUGUUGCUGGUUUUCUUGCAUCUUACAUAAAGCUAUUCCCAAAAAUGGCUCCAUAUGAAUAUGGAUUUCGGGUGUUCUUGCUUACAUUUUGUUUCAUUCUAGUGUCUGGAUACAAGACAAGAGAGUUUGUUGAGACUGCUGUGAGUCGGUUUUUAUUAAUUGCACUUGGUGCUGCUGUUGGCAUGGGGAUAAAUAUUUGUAUUUAUCCAAUCUGGGCAGGAGAGGAUCUACACAACCUAGUGGCAAAGAACUUCAUAGGCGUGGCCAAGUCUUUGGAAGGCUGUGUCAAUGGAUAUCUUCAGUGUGUUGAAUAUGACAGAAUUCCUUCCAAAAUUCUUACAUACCAAGCUCAUGAUGAUCCAAUGUAUAGUGGGUACAGGUCUGCUGUUCAAUCAACGAGUCAGGAGGAUUCUCUUUUAGGUUUUGCUUCCUGGGAGCCCCCACAUGGUCCUUAUAAGCAGUGGAAGUAUCCCUGGAGCUCGUAUGUUAGAGUCAGUGGUGCACUCAGACAUUGUGCCUUUAUGGUUAUGGCCUUGCAUGGUUGUGUACUUUCGGAGAUUCAGGCUCCACCUGAGAGCAGACAAAUUUUUAGGAGUGAGCUGAAGCGGGUUGGUACAGAGGGUUCUAAAGUAUUGCGUGAGCUUGGAGAUUUAAUUAAGAAAAUGACUAAGCUAAGAAAACAAAAUUUUCUUUUUGAAGUCCAUGAGGCAGCUGAGGUGUUGCAGAAGAAGAUAGACCAGAAAUCUUAUCUUCUAGUGAAUUCGGAAAGAUGGGAUGGUGCAGAGCUCCCUGACGGAAUGAAAUGGAUGUUAGACAGAGCUAACAUGGAAUGUGAGAACAAAUCAGAAUUGCCUCAGGAUUAUCGACCGCCGCCAAUGUCAACCAAUUAUGGUGCACACAACUCUGUCAUUAGUGAUAUGGCUUCUCUGUCAAGGAUGGAUUCGUUCCUCAAAAAGCAGAUGCAAUGGCCGGCCUCAAGGCAAUCCUUUCAUGUAGAAGCCAUGCCAAGUCAACUCGAAUCAACAACCUACCAAAGUGCUAGUGCAUUGUCAUUGGCAACUUUUGCUUCUCUACUUAUUGAAUUUGUUGCGAGGCUUCAGAAUUUGGUGGAUGCAUACGAGGAGCUAUGUGAAAAAGCUAAUUUCAAAGAACCCGUACAGGAACCAACCUUAGAGACCACCGGGCAUGGAGUUUGAACGAGAGUCAAGGAGCAAUUUUAUAAGAAAAAAGGAAUUAGUUUAAAUGGUCAGGAUUAUGUGAACGGAAGAAAGUUAUAAGGGAGUCACUUUUGACAGAGGAACGACUGUAGGCUGUUAGCGCCGUGCAACAAAAUUACACAACGGAGAAGUAGAAAUCUCUUCCCUCUGAAACUACAAAUGAGAUUGAUUGGUCGACAGACCUUUAAUUUUUCUUUUUUAUUUUGCUUUUCGGUUGUUCUAAAUAUCUCCUGGAAUGGUUCUGCGAGAAGUUUUCAUCCUAUUUUUUUUGAUAAAGUAACAUCUUUGUUAUUAUUUAUGUGGAUGUCUAAAAUUACACACACAAUU